UUUCAUGCGUCAUGACAUGACGCUUUACCUCUCGACGUGCGUCGUUGCGUGUUCAGAUGUAUCUCAUGCUGCAUCCGAUUGAUCUGAUAGAUAUUUUUCCUGACAACAGUCUGAACGAAAAGCGUAUAAAAUUAACUCGACGAGAUAUUAUUUUAAGUUCCUUUAUUAAAUCACGAUGAUUACACUAAAAUUGAUGUAAUUGUUAUCAUCUACGCAUGAUUAGAUGUUUGUGCUCAUCAUUAAAAAAAAUUAUGCAUAAUCCAAGGUCCGUAAAUCGCUCGGAACGAUUCUGAGAGCGCGACGCUUCAAGAUAACUCCUCACGCGUUAGAUGAUAUCUUUCGGUCGUUAGAUAGCAUUCUAUCUUUCUUUUUGUUCGAAAGAAGGAUAGAGUGUUUUGUAGCAUUCGCAGCACUAACUGGACUACAGCCGAUAUCGGUCACGUGGCCUCGAUUUUGCAUAUGAUGUAGAAAUCAGCUGAUCGACGACCUAACACUACCUAACCUACAAUAGCGCGUGCGUAAGAUUGAGGUUAGAGUCGAGUCAGCCGGCGGCACUCUUCGUCAGUUAUCUGGACGGGAGGAGAUCUAUCAACGGACUAUCCUGACAGGAAAGGAUUAACACGCAGUGGGGAACGACCACGACUCGUGCGGUUAUGUAUAAACGCGCAAUCACGACGGGCUCCCGCCGCAUAUCGCUGCUGUCACGACUAUGGAACGGGUCCAGCGGUGUGCUCGCGGGUAAACAAGCCGAACAGAAGAUGAUAUCUAUCCUGAGGAACAGGUUUCCCAAAGCCCAGCUAAUUGAGGUUACCGACAUGUCAGGUGGAUGCGGCGCUAUGUUCGACAUAAGCGUGGUCGCUCCAGAAUUCAAAGGACUGAACACCGUGAAGCAGCAUCGCAUUAUCAACGAGGUCCUCAAAGAAGAAAUCAAAGAUAUGCACGGUCUUCGAAUACACACGGGUAUUCCGCAAUCGUAAAUUUUAUAAUAUAUCACGGACGACAAUGAUGCAUUAUAUCAGUUUCACAAAAACGAUAUUUAAUACCGCCUCUUUUUCGUUCGAUUUUCGAACAAGACUUGAAAAAAUCCUUUGUGAUGUAUAUUUUGUCAUAGCAUGUGAAGGAAAUGUUACACACAAAACGAAGUUUUGUAAAGGAAAUUAGUGUGUUAUAAAAAGAAAUCAGUAAUGCCUUAUUUCAAAUUGAAGAAGUGUGAUUUCUUGAUUCAUGACAAAACAAGCCUAUUAUUAACGACGUGAGAAAUAUUAAAAGAAUAAUUUGUGCACAUAGCGAAAAACUGUGCUUAAAUUAUUAUAUUUAAUGAGAUAAUUUUUAUGCAGCAUACAAUAGGUAUUGCAAGAUUCUACAAUGUUGUUAAUAUUGCUACAUAAUUAUAUUAGAUAUACUAUUUAUGUAAUAUACAAAAAAAUAUACUGCGAGCGAACAUGGUAA